AUGGCUGAAAUGAUUCAUGUGCAGCAGCAGGAUCUCCAGACUGAAUUAGAGGCUUGCUGGCAGCCUCGCUGGUUUCUCCUUUGUGGUGGCAUCCUGUCCUAUUAUGACUCUCAGGAAGAUGCUUGGAAGGGUUGUAAGGGAAGCAUCCAAAUGGCCGUGUGUGAAAUUCAAGUUCAUCCUGCAGAUAACACACGAAUGGACCUGAUCAUCCCAGGGGAACAAUACUUCUAUCUGAAAGCAAGAAAUGCAGUUGAAAGGCAAAAGUGGCUGGUUGCGCUAGGAACUGCCAAAGCCUGUCUGACCGACAGCAGGACACAGAAGGAAAAAGAGUUCACUGAAAACACAGAAGCCUUGAAGACUAAAAUGUCUGAACUUAGACUGUACUGUAACCUCCUUGUUCAGCAAGUGCAUAAAACGAAGGAAGCCAGCAUUUCUGGUAUAUCAGAACCAGAGAGCGAGAUAGAUAUGGGAACUCUGUUAAAAUCAACCUGUGACACCUUCCUGAAGACUCUUGAAGAAUGUAUGCAGAUUGCAAAUACUGCCUUCACUUCUGAGUUAUUGCAUCAGACCCCGCCUGGAUCCCCACAUUUAGCGGUUCUCAGAACGAACAAGAUAAAGCACUCUGUCUUGUCCAGUCACACCUCAACGGAAAGGCAGAUGGAAUUGAAUCCCUGUGAAAAUGGCUCUGUAAAAGCAGAAAUCAACCAUCAAGAGCAAACCCUUAUUAAAAGUCUGGAAUGUUUAAACCUGGAAACAAAUGAGGGGAGCAGCGAUGUUUCUGUUGAAGAUCACAUAGCAGAGGAUUUGACAGGCAUUAAAGAAGAUGGAGAGAACAAGCUGCAAGCUGUAGAAAGCUUUGGUGCCCACAAGUUACUGCAGUCGGAAAUGAAUUCUUUAAGUGGAUUGACUCUGUGUGAGGAAGACAGAAAUGAAAAUGAUUCUCCUACCUUCUUCAGUGUCAUGAGCAAUAGGUUCAGUGAUACUGAACUUCGGGAAGAGGAGGGCAUACCAACAGAAGAGUUUCUGGAGUCAUGUUAUGCAAUUGUGCCCGUUCUGGACAAGCUGGGACCAACUGUUUUUGCUCCUGUUAAAAUGGAUUUUGUAGGUAACAUCAAGAAAAUAAACCAGAAAUUUAUAACCAACAAAGAAGAGUUUGAUACCCUUCAGAAGAUAGUGCUCCAUGAAGUGAAUGCCGGCGUAGCACAGGUUAGAAACUCUGCUACAGAGGCUCUCCUGUGGCUGAAAAGAGGCUUAAAGUUCUUGAAAGGGUUUUUGACAGAAGUGAAGAAUGGGGAGAAGAAUAUCCAAACAGCUCUGAACAAUGCUUACGGAAAGACAUUACGGCAGCACCAUGGUUGGGUUGUCCGCGGGGUCUUUGCGUUAGCUUUAAGGGCAGCUCCAACAUACGAAGACUUUGUGGCAGCUCUGUCUGUAGAGGAGUGUGAUCCUCAGGAAGAAACAUUUUACAAAAGAAUGCAGAGGGACCUCAACAUUUACUUACCAGCCAUGGAAAAGCAGCUAAAUAUCUUGGACACUCUCUAUGAAGUACAUGGUUUGGAGUCAGAUGAGGUGGUAUGACUACAGCAAGACCGUGUCUUAAAACUUCAGGGACUGUGUCUGUUAACAAAGAUUUCUUUCUUUUGGGAUGUUUUUGGACAUCAUUUCUGUUCGUUGUAUCUUUUCAGAUUGGAAGGGUGUUGUGAGUGCUUUUGAGGAAGGCAAUGUAUGAUUUUUAUUUUCUUGUUAACAC